AUGGACACUGCUGCUGCUGCCGCCGCCGCCGUUGUUGUUGACCUUAGCUCCGAGGGCAGCAAAUCAAAGCUCCUGAGCAGCCCCAACAGCACUGGGUCCAGCAUCCCACAUCCCAGCAGCACCACACUGAAGCCAAAGCCAGUGCCCAGCUACGCCCUAGCAGUGGCAACAUCCCCAGCUGUUUGCAGUGAUCAGGAUCAGGUGGGCAGCAGCGUAGAAUCCGUAUCGGCCACACCACCGCCAACGCCGGCUACCAACACUGGACGCAUGGGAACGCAACGGUCUGCAACUGCAAAUGCAACGGGAACCAUAUCCACUGAACAACCAGCAGCAGCCGCCGCAGCAACGCCUGCCGGAUCAGCGCCAGGAACACCAAAACCACCAGCAAAAGCCACCACAACGACCACAAGUACCAGCCAUGCACCAUCGGUGGCAUCAUCAGCAGCGUCGUCGCUGAACAGCGUCUCCAAUUCGCGUUCGCGUUCCAGCUCGAGUUCCGUGCCGAGUGCGGAUCCGCUGCUGCAGUGGCAGGAUAUGCCCCAAUACUUGCAGUUCAAUCCGUAUGUGCUCCGCGGCUACCGUCCCCUGCAAACCUUCAAGGGCUGCCUGCUGAGCCUCUUCUACUGGCACAACGAGACCAUCAACAUACUGACACAUGGUGAGUGCACAGAGAGCUAA